AUGAGCGCCCCUAUUAUUCGCGAGCGAGCGAACGGACCGCUGAUCAGUCCAAGUGGCGGGUCGUACAAGUCAUGCCUCGCCUUCAACAACUACUGCUCAGUCUGUUACCAUACACAUCCCCACACCUUUACAUAUGUACGUUGCAAUACCUUUUCUGUGCACCUGACCGCUGACCGUUUCACAUUUCCGUUCUUAGUGAUCCCUACAGACACCAUGUGGUUACAAAUAGAUCGGGCCUUCAAUCUGGACAAGCAUCACUUUGAGCUAGCAGCACGUAGCAAUAUCAAACUGCAGGUUUGGCCGCCGCUGGUGCUGGUAGCGCUGCUGGCAGCAUCCCUGGCAGUCCUCGCAGGCCCCUCUCCGGCUGCGGCGCUGCACAGUUCCCUUUCCAAUUUCCCUGGUAGUAGCGACACGGCGCGUGAUGAGCAGCAUCAGAUCAUCAAGUAUGAUCUUGUGGACAUCGACGUCAUUUCCCUGUUGUCGGAUUCAGCGCCAGAUCCCAAAUCCUUGGACAAUGGGGCGACGUCGGGAGUGGAGCUCCAAAGUCGCAGGAGGAAGCUGCGCCAGGCAUCUGUGGCCGCAUACCAGCAGCAGCAGCAGCAGCCGGCCGCGGUCUUCGAAAUGGGUUCGUUCGACGCACCGCUCAUCAGCAUCGCCUUGACGCACGUGCCUACCGCCGGGACGCGCAGCCGCAAGUAUUUUGCGUACUGGCGCGCCUACACCUCGAAUCAGACGCGGUCUGCCGCCACGUUUGACCUGGACACGCGUAAGGCGGCCUUAAUCACCACAGGGUAUGAUCAGUUUUGCAACGGCCCUAUCGUCUUGGCCGAUGGAAGCAUAGCGUUACUCGGUGGCUACAAUGAACCGAAGAACAAACUUCAGGCAGAUGGGCGCAAGGCGAUUUCGGUAUGUUCCGCUCUGAGCUACCAAGCUCCGGACAAUGUAGCAUACGGUGUGAUGAUUGUGUUGUGUCCGUUAGGCGUACAUAUGCGUAACGAUAACCUCGCUCAGCGUGGAUCGGCUGCUUACGAUUACGGGCGUGUCCAUCUAUUAUGCCGCACGCGUACACAAUUGCGCAAGCAUACAAGCCUAGCUCGCGGCCUCCCUAGCAAGACAUGCGUGCAUAUGCAUACCUGGCACACCUCCCAUCAAUUUGCGUACAUUAUGUCCCAAUAUUGCUUCUCGCUCAUUCGUCUGUACUUCCUCCAGACGUACAAUGAAUCGACGAAGCAGCUGCAAAAAGUGGGCAGUAUGUCCUUCCCCAGGUGGUAUCCGACACCUUGCAUGGUCCAAGGAAACAAGGUUUUGAUUGUGGGUGGAACCGCUAAAGCGGAUGUGGGCCCCCCAAUUCCUGUGGCCGAGCUUUGGGAUCCACUCAACCCUGGCAGACCCACGAGUUCGGUGCCUUUACCGCCGACUUUCAAAAACGUCGCCUGGAACAACUGGUACCCCUUCAUCGUGCUACUGCCUGGCGGCGAGGUCCUCUGGUGGGGCGAUCGCGGCGGCAGCAUCACCAACAAGGACUGGAAGGAGAUUUACAAGCUCCCAGACCUGCCCAGAGCUUUCCCAUAUCGCACUAUGUAUUGGUAUACGUCAUCAAUUAUCCUCAACGCAAUGAAGCCGGAUCCACAGAGCGGAGAAUACAAAAACUUCUCCAUGACAAUCUUUGGGGGAGCGCCUGACGGUGCCAAGCAGAAGACCCCAGCCUCCCCCCUAUCCGCAAGGCUGGACAUGUACUACUGCGGCAACAAGAUAUGCGACAACGGGUGGGUGGUGGAGAAUAUGGCGGGGCAAAAACGCGUUAUGGCUACCACCACAGUGCUACCAAACGGCAAAGUCCUAGUGCACGGAGGAGGGCAGGCCGGUGUCGCCGGCUGGAAGAAGGGCCAAAAUGGCUAUCAGGGCAUCCUGCCCGCCUAUCAGGACUUGAUCUACGACCCAGAUGCUCCGCUGGGCAGUCGCUAUUCUACAAGCGCCACCGUGGGUAUCGUCCGAAUGUACCAUUCCUCGUCCUGUCUGGACCUGUCGGGCAAGGUGAUGUCGGCUGGAUGUGAAACAUGUGGAAUGACAGGCAACCUGGCUGGCAACCUGCCCUCCAGCGUCAGCCGCAGCCCCCAUGGUGAUCUGGACUACCGUAUAAGUUUUGCGGUCCCUGCCGAGAUUGCGCCGCCCGUGGAACGACCCGUCAUCAGGACCGCCCCAAAGGUCAUCCUCCGUGGCAGGGUGUUUACAGUAGGGUACAAGUAUGGCGGCCGUAUCACUGGCGCCACUCUGGCAGCUCCCUGCGCCAACACCCACUCCAUCAACAUGAACCAGCGUGUGGUGUUCCUGCCCUCUGCCGCCCACGCCGGCUACUACCAGCUGUUCCUGUUGGGAGCCAACACCGCCACCGGCAGGACGUUCAGCGAGGGGGUGUGGAUCUACCUGGCGGACGAAUGA